AGCAGACAUAACAUAACCUCUAACCUCGUUUUUUUAAAUCAACCAGUGUCAAGUUAAGUCUCGUUCUUUUCUUUUCAAACAUAGUUUCUAUAAAAUAAUAAUUUUUGGUAACUCCUUACUUCCGUGAUAAAAUAUCUUUCUACUGUUCCCGUCUUUAUUGAAAAAUGAACCCGGUAUUUGGAAUACACGUGGGGAAUUCUGGUGCAUGCUUGGCUAUGUGCAAGAAAGAUGACUCCAAGUUCCAAAUUGAAGUUAUAGCAAACCAUGCUGGGGAAAGAGUUACACCUGCUAUCGUUACGGUCACUGAAAAUGAAAAUGUUGUUGGAACAGCAUGCAAAUCAUUAAUGAUCUCACGCUGGAAUACCACUGUCGUGUGCAACAAACGCAUGCUGGAUACAAACACCCCUGAACUAGAAAAUGGCCAUCGGAGAGUGGCCACUGUGCUCCGAGAGGAUGAACUUUGCUACGAAUUACCUCUGGAAGAUCGAACAGAAUAUAUGACUCCAACAGAUAUUGCCAGAUCAAUUUUUCGUACCUUAUAUGAGAUUGCUAGAAGUGCAGUCCCAGGAGCGGAGAGUGAAGCCUCAUGUGUUCUGUUAGUGCCUCGACUCAUGUCUGAUGAAGGCAGGUUCAAGCUGCGAUCUGCAGCGGAGGCAGUAGGAUGGGAUGUAAUGCAUAUAAUCUGUGAACCAGCAGCGGCCAUUCUGGGAUACGACUUGCUCUCGGAUUGCAUAACUAAGAAAGUAUUGGUGUACAGAGUAGGAGGCAGAAGUUGUGACGUAACAUUGAUACAAGUGGACCGAGGAUUUUUAAACAUUCAGGAUACAGAGUACACUGAAGACGUGGGGGGUAAACUCCUCAUAAAUACUCUUACCAAUUACUUGGCACAGGAAUUUUACAGGAAAUACAAGUUGGAUCCAAAAGAGAGUCACAGGUCUCUGACAAAAUUGACACUAGCAGCAGAAAAUUGCCUUCAUGUUCUAUCAUCUAUAGAAUCUGCCAAUUGCUUUGUUGAGAGUUUAUGUGAAGGAGUAGAUUUUAGUCACCAAAUGUCCCGCGCUCGUUUUGAAUCCUUAUUGAACCCGUUCCUUGUUGAAUUUGCCAAACCACUGCAUUCGGUCCUCUCCAGGCAGAAUUUGACUCCUGAUGAUGUUACAAUGGUCUUACUUUGUGGUGGGCCGAUGAAAAUGCCUAAACUGAGAAAGUACAUAUCGGAAAUAUUUCAAGAAUCUAAAACCAAAAUUGUGCCGCUGCUGACUGGUGUAAACUAUGACGAGGUGUUGGCCUGUGGUGCUGCUCGCCAAGCAGGCUACAUAGCUGACAACAAUAUGGGCGACAACUUCCUUCCAGAUCAACUUGAAAUUCCCGUUCUGGAAUUUGCUAUCACAAUAAAGGUUGAAGGGGCGCAAUCUGAUCGCCAUGAACUGGAGAGUGGACUUUUUCUCCCCAUCCACAAGACCAUGAGAGUAUCUUCUCCUGAGGAACUGGUCACCCUCACAUUCUCACAGUUUGAAACUGAUCAGACCAUUUUGAGAGGACAGUUGCAACUGGAAGGACUACCUGAUCCCUGUUAUCUGGAGUUGGAAGUAAACAGUGAAGAUGGAUUAAAAGUAGGAGUUCCUGAAGAAGGCGAAGAUUAUCGACAUCACAUUGUGAAGAUGCGCCCAAUUCCUUUAUAACAUGGCUAUUUGUCAAAAUGUUGUGUAAAUAUGUCACCGAUGAAAAGUCAUUAAUAGACCAUCUAAAUUUUGAAUAUAUAUAUUUUUCCAAUUCUAAAGAAAAGACAAUAAUUAAAUGAGAAGAUAUUAGGACCGAAAAAACUAAUAACAGUUCAUGACCCUAAAGAGACAAUGUCUUAUUGUCUAAAAACCAUAUCAGCUGUUAAUGUAAAUUUUAUUUAUAGUUUCAUUGAUUAGUGUUGUAGUAGAUUUCAUUAAGAAGUCUUAGAAACAAUUUAAAAAUAAACAGUGAUCUUUACCAUUUUUUGCCCUUUGUUUGAUUAUUUUUUUUCAAACUAUGCUCAUACAUUUUAGUUGUUCAUAAAUAUAAUUUACUAAUCUGUUCUCCUGUUCGUGUUUUGUAUAGGCUAAUAGUAUUUCCUAUGCUCUACAAAAUAUACCGUGUCCCAAAGAAAACUGAACAACUUUGUUGGAUUGUAAUUAUUUUAAUUACACACAUAUGGAAAUGUUUUAAAAUAAAAAGUGACACACUUAUUCUUACGUUUUCAUUGAUAUAAUGUUUGUUAAUGUACUUCAACUUCAACAUUAUUCCCAUUGUUGGCAAAAAUAUAGUCAAUAUGGUUAUCUAGCUUUGACCACACUCUAUGUCUCAUUUCAUCUGUGAUGUUGCUGAAGGCUGCAUUGAUUCUCAAUCUGAAUUUUCAAACAUUGGAUACUUUCGACUUGUAAACUUGGUCUUUGACAAAGCCCCAGACAAAAAAUUCACAGGAUGUUAGGUCGGGGGACCGUGGAGGCCAGCGUAUCAGACCGUCCGUCCGUCACACCCAAUCCAUUGUAAAGGGAAGGAGUUGUCAAGUGACUCUCUAACAAAAAACUUCCAAUGUGGUGGGGCUCCAUCUUGUAAAAACACAUUGGGCUGUAGGUCUAAGUUGUCUAGCAUGUCUAGAUAAAUGUUGCCAUUUAUUGUUUGUUCAUGGAAGAAAAAUGUAUCAAUAAGCCUUUCAUUAGAUUUUCGCACCACACGUUCAACUUGGGGCUUUCUCGAAUAUGUUCUCUUCUCGAACUUCAUAUGGCUUUUCAAUGCCCCAUAUUCGAAAAUUAUGUUUAUUAACUUUUCCACGAACAUGGAAUGUGGCUUCGUCGGAAAACACUAUAUUUUUUUGAAAGUGUUCAUCAACAAACUUACGAUCAAGCACAGUAGCUGCAAAGUCUUUACAUUUCAGUUUGUCAUCUGGGGUAAUUUGUUGUAAAAUAAACAAUAUAAGCUUUCAUAUUGAGGGUUUUCUUUAGUACUCACUCGGUGAACACUCGAUUUUAACAAAUUUAAUUCACAUGCUGCGAUGCGGACAGAUUUUUGAGGACUAAGAAGGAAUCCUUGAUGCACGUGUUCUACAACUUCAUCUGGGAGCUUAGGCCUACCAUUACCUUUCAAGUGUUUUAUGCUUCCAGUCAACAUAAACUUAUCAUACCAGGCUUGGAUGGUGUUCCUUGAUGAAGGAUGUUGACCAUCGCGUUUUCUAAAUCUUCUUUGCUCUAAAAUAUCGGAUUAUGUUUCAAUGUACCAUUCAACACACUGAGCUUUCUCUUGCACGUUCAUAACGCCUGCCUUACUGUAGGUUAUGUUUUGAUGUUUAAAGGUUCAAAAGACAACAAUGGAUCAGCUGAUACAUGUAAAUCAUGUUUAAAAAAACUAUGAGUUCCUCUCAUAUGUAAUUUUCAACAAAUAUCUAUGUACUAAUAGAUUUUAUUUGGCCUUAAAGUUGUUCAGUUUUUUUGGGACACCCUGUACAGUGAUUGUUAAAAUCUCAGGAUCUUUCAACUAUUUUAAGUAGUUGCCACUUUUAGUAAUGAUAAGUUAAUAGAAAAACCAGGAAUGUUUUUGACAAAAUAAUCACCCGUUCCUAAUUGUAAGCCUUCGACAACUAUAUGCUGGUGUCUGGGCUGUAAAAUUCUGAUAUCAUUAAGAUCUGCUCAAUUAGGAGGAUUACUUUAUACUGUGUAAAGUGGAGUGAAGGCGUGGGCUCAGUUGGUAUACGUAAUAAAUAAUGAUCAUGUCACUGCUACUCAGGUUGCUACUGAUAAAAAACAUUGUAUUUACAUAGAAUCAUUAAAAUUAUGUAUGAAAAUGUCAGCAGCUAGCAGUUAUGCUAACAAAUAUGAGUAUUACAGGAGUCAAAUACUUCAGGCCUAAGGUAGAAAUCCAAGCCUUUUUUUUACCAAUGUACUAUAGUUAUAAAAUAUUAGGUUUUCUUCAUGAGGAAUUGACUUUGUUAUUAUUUUAUUUUACUUGCAACUAGAGGAGAAAGUUACAUUCUCAAGGUUCCUUAUGUUUAAGUUUUUUUUAUGAAUAAAUUGUAAACAAUGUA